AUGUAUUCGGAUAAGGUAGUCAUUGAUGCCUCGUACAAAUCAAACCCUGUUACCACAAAACCAGUUAACAUUAAGUAUAAGAAAACUUUGGAAAAGGUCCUUCAGCGAGGUGACAACCGUCGCCGUCUUCUUGUAAAUCAGACAUGUAGCUGUAAGACUGAGUCUUAUAAUUGGACAAAUGUAAGUAAAAUUGCUUCAUUAACUAGUCAAUCGAGCCCAAACAGAAGUAAAAUACUGUGCAUGAAGAAACGAUUUCCAAAAGCACUCUUAGUUGGAAUGACAAAAGGUGGGACGACAGCUUUGAUGAGUUUUAUCAACGAACAUCCGACAAUAGUCGCGCGCACAGUACGACCGUUUGACACGAGAUAUUUCAAUCAUUAUUACGAUGACAAGUCAUAUGACUGGUAUAAAAAUUUGAUGCCUUGCAGUUAUGCUCAUCAAAUCACUGUGUCCAGAUGUACCGAAUAUUUCUUCACAUCCAGCGUUCCCGAGAGAGUCCGAGCGUUCGACCCGUCAAUGAAACUGAUUGUCAUUGUGAGAGAGCCUGUUGCAAGAGCACUGUCGCAAUAUGUUAUGUGGAAAUACCAGGCUGAGUAUAGGAUUGGAAAUUUCUCUUUUGAAGAUGCGAUAACUGCUGGGCCAAAUAAAGACAUAGACCCAACGUCUCGACUUAUUGUGGUUUCAAAUUACCAAAGGCACAUGCAAAUCUGGUUAAAAUAUUUCAAUUUGUCGCAAUUUCUAAUUUUAGAUAGUUUAACUUUUGUUACCAAUCCUGUAAAGGAAUUAAACAAGUUAGAAGAUUUUUUAGGAGUAGACCGGUUUUUUACUGAAAACAACUUUGUUUAUAAUGCCAAAAGACAAAAAUACUGUGUUCUAUCGAGAGAUGGCGUCGCGAAAUGCCAGCAUAAAAAGAAAGGAAUGCCUCAUCCACCUUUAAAAAAAGACUUGAAAAUUAAACUUGAAAACUUCUUUAAACCUCGAAAUAACAUGUUUUUCAAGAUGAUAAACAAAAGUUAUGAUUGGGGUUAUUAG